GGACGCAUUUGCUCAAUAGUAGCAUGCUUUCAUGCAUAAUUAAUUAUCAGUAUGUGUAGCAACAGUACCUUAAGUGUGAGCGAGUUAGAGAUAUGCUGACUGGACCAAGAUCGCGUCCGGUACGGCUUUAGCUGGCAACACAGAUGUUGAACUGUCAAGUACACGUUUUAAGGAGGUUAUGUUUAUUCCUCAGAUUUAUCGCUGCUUUUCUCAGUUUUAAUUAUAUUUUAAUUACAUAAUGGGUGACUUUGUGUUAAAUAACAGUGAAUCAGAAGUCGACUCGGAUGACGAGUUGCAAGAGGCAUUCGCGAAAGGCUUACUCAAGCCAGGUCUGAAUGAAGUUAUAGAAAAGGAAGGAAAGAAGCAUGUGAAUAAUAUAGCGGACUUAAAGCUGAAGCUGAAGGAGUUUCAGCUGAAAUUGCCGUGGAUUGAAACUUUGGAUUUGGUGACUUCAGUUGCACCGAUGGCACCGGACGUCGCGAUGCAAAUACAGGAAACUGCGCAGAGAAGAAAGAAUAUAAAAGAAAAUAGCAAGGGUACACGUGGGUACGACCCGUCGCAAGACCCAGUGCUCAACGAGUUCAAGCGAGAGAACCUUAUCCACCGCCAGGCGCAAGCUGCCGUGGUGGAGGGACUGAAGAAACUUAAAGAACUGAAUAUUCCUACUAGAAGGCCUGAAGACUACUUCGCGGAGAUGGCGAAGACGGACGAGCACAUGCAGAAGGUGCGCAAGAACUUGCUCGCCAAGCAGGCCGCGCAGGCGCGCACGGAGAAGGUGCGCCAGCUGCGCGAACAGAAGAAGAUCUCCAAACGGGUGCAGAUUGAUGCCCGAUUGAAACAGGCUUCAGAAAAGAGAGAAAUGCUCGAACAGCUCAAGAGAGUCCGUAAAGGCAAAUCCACAGACCUGGAUUUCUUAGAUGACAACAAGGGAAAAAAUAAAAAAGGACCACAGAACAAGAUAUCCAAGAAACGGGCUAUGAAAGACAAGAAAUUUGGCUUCGGAGGCAAGAAAAAAGGCUCUAAACUAAAUACUAGGGAGUCGUCUAGUAAUAUGGAAGGCUUUAAUAGCUCAGCUAAGAAGAAACCGUUUGAUUAUAAAAAUGCUAAGAAUAAACAGUUUAAGCCGAAAGGAAAGAAUCAGAGGCCCGGAAAGUCUAAGAGGAGGAAUGCUAAGCGAUAAUGUAUUUUACAGUACAUAUGGGGCUACUUUAUAGCACUAGUGCAAGAAAUAGCAUAUUACGUUACUGUGUCGAACAUUUAAAGGGCCAUAUGUACUGUAAAACGUUGUACGAUACAUGUGCGAAUAGGUAAUUCGCAACUCGUGUCGAUUUAAAACACUCCCUUCGGUCGUGUUUUAAUUUAUCGCCACUCGUUUCGAAUUUCCUAUUUUUCGCACUUGUAUCGUAAUGUACUAUUUUAAUAAAUCUUAUUUAGUGCUUA